AAGAACCGGGCGCUGAUUGGGCCCUGCCUCUAUGCUGAGCGGUAGCUGCCCGGGCCGAGGCGAUAUCGGUGAUGGGAAGGCGCGAUCAGGAAGCGCUGGUGCCCGGCGCGUGCUGCCUUUGUUUUACUGGCUCCCCCUCAGCCAGGGAGACGAGCUCAGGGUCCGCUGCGUAUCUUGAUAUCUUCCGGUAAUGGAGAGCAAAGUGUUGCGGAUUUCAAAAAUUUUCUAUGAAGUUGAGUAAGCAUUCUACAACUACUGUGAUAGGGGCAAUCCCAGGACACCAAGAGAAAUACGAAGAGAAGAGAAAAUACUUGGUGGUCAAGAGGAGUACUUCUGAAUAAAGAAAAGGAAUCUUAUGUUCUUAUAGAAGCCCAUAACACAUGACCAUAGAUGGCGCCUAAACCACUUGGGAAGUGGGAAAAGUAUGGAAAAAGAUACUGUCGAGAUUGGGAAAGGGAAACUGGAUUAAAAGAAUGGAUUCGAAGUAUACCUGGAGAUGACACAAAGGCAGCAUGCAAAUAUUGCGCAUGUGAAAUCCGAGCCCAUCAUAGUGAUUUGGUUGCACACAGUAAAACCAAAAAGCACAAGAGACAUGUUGCUUUAUUUUCAUGUUCUUCUGAUAUGAAAAAACAUUCAUUUGAAUUUGAAGUUGAAAACCAAAAUUCAUUUGACGAUGAUAUCACGCAAGCCAAAAUGGAUCAAUCUGUUAAUGUGUGCGCACUGAAGCUAGCGGCACACAUAGCUUGCAAUAUGAGCAUUUUUACAGUGGAUCACCUAGGCUGCAUUGUUGGAGGGAUAGCAGAGAAAGACAUCAGUCUGCAUAGAACAAAAUGCUCCACACUGAUUAGAAAUGUCAUUGGGCCUACUGUACAUGAAGAACUUCUGAGAGACAUUGGCAAUGGACACUAUUCAUUGAUUAUUGAUGAAAGUACAGAUGUAUCAGCACAAAAGCAACUUUGCUUGAUAGUAAGAUACUUUAGCAACAAGCUUAAAUGUAUUGUAUCAUCCUUUGCAGGGAUCAUUAAUUUGACUAGAAGUGGUACUAUCACAGAAGCCCUCUUGACAUUUCUAAAUGACAACAAGCUGAACAUAAAAAAGUGUGUUGGGAUUGCUGCUGAUGGUUUCAAUACAAGCUUAUGUGGAAAUAAAAAUUCAUUGCUCAAAAAGUUUUAUGAACUCAAUCCUUGUGGAGUUUUCAUCAAAUAUGUAAGUUACUCUCUCUAUUUGUGCUCUUCAAAAGCCAUUGAUGUGCUUCCAUUGAACAUAGAGUAUAUGGUUUCACGGACAUACUUGUGGUUUUCCCAUAGCACUUUCCACCAGAAGAGGUACCAUGAACUGUAUGCUGCCAUUAAUGUUGGAGAGAAUUUCCUGAAAAUACUGCAGCUUACUGAGACAAGAUGGCUGUCCAUUAGCCCUUGUAUUAACCGAGUACUUGAUCAGUAUGAAACUCUGAUGUUGCACUUUCAGUCUAUAAGAGACAAUGAAAGGGACUACAGUGCUGAGCUUCUCUAUCAAAUGUAUUCUGAUCCAGUAAAUAGACUCUAUCUCGUUUUUCUGCAGCCUCUUAUUCAGGAAGCUAAUAGGAUCAACAAGUUACUUCAAUUUGAAACAGUCAAUCCAGUUAAUCUUAUUGCUGAAUUAAUGCUGUUCUAUCAGAAUUUGGUGCAAAGAGUCAUGAAACCUUGUGUCUUUACAACAUGGUCAUCCAUUGUAAAUUAUGACAUUCACUGUAACAGGAACUACAUGCCUCUUUCAGAGGUUAACUUUGGAUCAGCGUUCCUGUCUGAAUUAAUAAAUGCAAAUCUUUCCUCACAUACGGUAGAGACCAUCCAAAGCAGAUGUCGAGAUUGUAUCCUUGAGUUUGCUAAGCAAAUAAAGCUCCGACUGCCUCCAAAUGUCCAUCAUCUAGAAUCUCUUAGUGCUCUGAACCCUUCAGUUGUUCUAAGUCCUACAAAACCUGAAUUCUCAACCCUGUCUUUCUUGUCCUUAUGUAGAGGGGAUCAUAUCAAGUUGAAACAGCAAUGGAGAAAUCUGGAUGCAGUCUCAUGGACAAACACAGAAGAUAGCCAAAUAGAACAGUUCUGGAUAGAAGUUGCAAAACACACAGAUGAAGUUGGUGAUAAGGAUUUUGUUGAGCUUGGAUUAUUUGCCCUUGCCCUUCUCACCUUGCCGUUCAGCACUGCAGCUGUGGAAUGUACAAUCUCACAAAUGAACUCGAUAAAAACCAAGUUAAAGAACAGACUGCAGGACAGCCUACUUGAAAAUAUCUUAAGGAUCAGGGCCCAUAUGCACCGAAAUAAGAUUUGCUGCAACCAGUUUCAACCAUCCAAAGAGAUGAUAUCUUUGUUUAAUAAUGAGUUUUAUGCAAUUGCUAAUAGCAAGGACGCUACAGAUGACUCUGAGGAGGAUAUAUUUUGAAAAGACUCAAGUGAAGAGGAUCUCUUUUAAAAAAAUAAAUGUGGAGGCUCUUCAUGGCAUUGGGGAGCAUAGGCCACUGGCUGCACAGAGGUGGGAGAUUAUUGUGCAGCUACCCCUUGGGAUACGGACUCAGUGGUGAGACUGCACCCAACCCUGACACAGCACUAGGACUAGGCCUGCCCCUGACACACCGUGGGGCCCUUCCCCUCCAUGCCAGGUGCGCCAGGUAUAGGGAGGCAGGAGCCAAGUGUGACGGGGGUUAGUGUCGGGGAAUCCAGGGGUAGUUGAGAAGGUUCUGUGUGGGGUAACCUGGGUGCAGGCGGCUCAGUGGGGGAUCCAAGUGUAGGGAACUGGAUGCACAGGGGCUUGUUGUGGAGUUCUGGGUGCAACGGUAAUGGGACUCUGCAGGGGGGGUCCAGGUGAAGGUGGUUGGGGCUCAGCAGAGGGGGGUUGGUGUGAGGAGGACAGAGCUCUAUAGAGGGGUCUGGGUGUGGGGGGCUCAGUGGUGUUCAGAUGCUGGGGGAGUGGGGCUCAGUGGGAUGGGGAUCCAGGUGCAGCUGGUUGGCGUUUUGGUGGGGUGGGGAUCUGAGUGUGGGUGGCUCGUCGGAGUGGUGCAGGGGAGGUGGGGCUCAUCAGAGGGGUUCUGAGUGGGGAGUGAGGCUUAGCAGGAGGGUCUGGCUCCAUGGGGGUUGGGCGGAUGGAGGAGUAGCUCCCUGAACAGGGAUCCUUCUUCCUGCAGCUGAGGAGUGAUGGGUGCAGGAAGCGGGGCGGGGUGCAGUUUGCAGAGGUCCCUGCAACUGGGGGAGAAAUCUGGGGGUGGGUCUGACCUGGGCCCAGAUGCCAUGUAGGGAAAGAGGAAGUCCUGUCCUCCCCA